UAAAAGCUCUGCAAGUCUGCAAUAAAAAUGGCCUCCAAUAAAACUACAUUGAAAUCCAAAAUAUUUAUCUUUAAGUGACAAGAAUUAGUGAAGCCGAAAAGAGUGCCAGAAAACAAUCUUCCAUUGAAUCAAAGAAUUUUAGUCCAACGGAGAACACAGAUGGAGAUGUUCCCCACUUGUAGCCUGCUUGCCUCAUCACCACACAAAAUGGGAAAGAAACAGAAUGGCAAAGGUAAAAAAGUUGAAGAGGCAGAGCCUGAAGAAUUUGUUGUGGAGAAAGUCCUGGACAGACGUGUUGUAAAUGGAAAGGUGGAAUACUACUUGAAGUGGAAAGGAUUUACAGAUGCUGACAACACAUGGGAACCUGAAGAAAACUUAGAUUGUCCAGAGCUUAUUGAAGCUUUUCUGAACUCUCAAAAAGCUGGUAAAGAAAAAACAGAUGGCGCCAAAAGAAAAUCUUUGUCAGACAGUGAGUCUGAUGAUAGUAAAUCAAAGAAAAAGCGUGAUUCUGUUGAUAAACCAAGAGGGUUUGCAAGGGGUCUUGAUCCUGAGCGGAUAAUUGGGGCUACAGAUAGCAGUGGAGAGCUUAUGUUCCUCAUGAAAUGGAAAGACUCUGAUGAGGCAGAUCUGGUGCUGGCCAAAGAAGCUAAUGUGAAGUGUCCUCAGAUCGUAAUUGCUUUUUAUGAAGAGCGACUAACUUGGCAUUCAUGCCCAGAAGAUGAAGCACAAUAAUUGUUUGUGUUGCUUUUUUAUAUAUAUGAAUAUUGAAACCUGAAAUUUGAUUUAUUAGCAAUGUGAGAAGCAUACAUUCUGACAAGAAUCAAAUUUGGUAUUUUUUUGAAGUAGUAUGUUUUGCAUCAAGAGCAAGGAAAUAAAAGCUUUCUGCGACUUGUUUCAUUUAUCACAAGAGAGCAUUUGAUACUACUACUUCCUCCAUAUUAGGUAAAAGCUUUUAUAAAACAUUCAUAAACUUCCAUAGUUAUUACAGAAUCAUAAUGAAUGUCUAAACAAACUCACAGAUGUUUUGUAGUCUUCUAUACUGUUGAUGUGCAUGUAUCUUCUUUACCCAAACCUAGUCCUUUAAACCUGUAGAAUCAUUCUUUUUAGUAUUUGGGAACACUUGGUUCCAAGAAGACCAAGUGAAAACUAACUUUGUAGUAAUUUGAAUGUUAUCAGACUGUAUAUUGUUUAUUGUAAAUACUGGUGAACAGUGGUCAAUAAAAUAGUUUUAUAUUCU